AUGGAGCCGCUUACAACCCCUAACCCGGUCAAAUUCUCAAAGAAAUUGGGGCUGAUCUACAAGGGGUCAAAUAUCAAUGGGAAGAUUUGGAUUUUUGUAGAGGAAGGAGCUAACUUCGAAGUUGGGGAUGACUCGGAACAGUUGCUCCAUGGGCGGCUCACUUGCCCGCGGCUACCAACACCUAUUGAGAUCUCGGCUGUAUAUGCGAAGUGUACGAGAGGGGAGCGGCUUGCACUGUGGGACAAGAUGAGAGACAUCACCCAAAUGUCGGAAGGGAGGCCUUGGCUCAUUGGAGGGGACUUCAACACCAUCCUCUCUACUCGCGAUAGGUCGGUAAGCGACACCAAUCGGCAAGUGGAGAUGGUUGACUUCGCCGAGGCAAUAGAGGAUUACCGAUUGUUGGACCCUGGCUUUGAUGGCUCGGACUACAGCUGGGCAAAGAAUGGCCUCAUGGAAAGAUUGGAUAGAGUGCUAGUCAGUGAAAUGUCAACCCAGCUUUUUGAUGCAAUUAGAGUCACUAAUCUUCCCCGGGUAGCCUCGGAUCAUGGGCCAAUACUUGUCCGGUGCAGAAUACCGAACAACUUGGGGGAUGGAAGAGCGUUCCGGUUCCAAAACAUGUGGGUGCGACAUGAGGGGUUUGCUGAUUUGGUGCGAGGAGAUUGGAUGGCUCCCACGGAGGCUACAGGCCUACUCAACUUGAAGAACAAAUUAGCAAGGAUUAAACAGACAUUCAAAUGGUGGAGCAAAGAGGUUAUCGGGAAUAUCCACGCCAACCUCAAAGCCUGUGAAGAGAAUAUUGCUGUGGCUCAAUCUGAGUUCGAGGGAGACCCCUCGGCCAGGAACAGAAUGGAGAUCAACAAACAAAUAGCUGAGUACGUCCUUCUUCUCAAGAUGGAAGAAGACUUCUGGCGCAAGAAAGCGGCUCUCCGUUGGCUGGAAGAGGGUGAUAAAAACACUAGGUUCUACCAAAGUUGGGUGAAGCAAAAGAGAAUUCGGUUGCGAAUCCACAAGAUUAAUGCUAAUGGGAGGGAGCUCACGGAUGACCUUGAAAUCAGAGACUCGGAGGUCGAGUUCUAA